AUGAAAUAUCUUGUUGUUGUCGGAAGCGUUAUAUCUGGUAUUGGAAAAGGGAUUUUUUCAAGUAGUUGUGGUGUUCUUCUAAAAAGCAUGGGAUAUAAAGUUACGGCAAUAAAAAUAGAUCCAUAUUUAAAUAUCGAUGCGGGAUUAAUGAACCCAAAUGAACACGGUGAGGUAUUUGUCCUUAAUGAUGGAAGUGAGGUGGAUCUUGAUCUUGGGAACUAUGAAAGAUUUUUAGACAUAAAUUUCACAUCAGAUAAUAAUAUUACAACUGGGAAGAUUUACCGAAAUGUAAUUAACAAAGAACGUGAAGGAAAAUUUUUAGGAAAAACUGUACAAGUCGUCCCGCACAUCACUAAUGAAAUUCAAGAAUGGAUCGAAUCUGUUGCCACAAGCGAUAUUUCAAACGAUAUUUGCACAAUCGAACUUGGUGGUACAAUUGGAGACAUUGAAUCUAAUCCUUUUAUUGAGGCUUUGAGACAGUUAAGAAAAAAGGUCGGCCCUGGUAAUUUUUGUCUUGUUCAAGUUACGCUCGUUCCCGGUGAAGGUGCUGAUCAAAAAAGCAAGCCAACACAAUCAUGCGUAAGGGAUCUAAGAAGUCUCGGUCUUGCACCCAAUAUUAUAGCAUGCAGAUGUAAAUAUCCUCUAAAUGAAGAAGUCAAAAAUAAAAUCAAUCAUUUUUGCGAUGUUGAUAAAUCACAUAUUAUAUCAUUUCAUAACUGCGGAACAAUAUACGAAGUUCCAAUUUUGCUUAAAAAACUAAAUCUUGAACAAAUAUUUAUUAAAGAAUUAAAUCUUGACCCUGAAAAAACUAUUGACUCAAACAAGAAUGGGUAUUAUGAACUUUGGUGUGAAAUGGCCAAACGAUUUUAUCAUUUCGAAAACAAAUCAGUUAAAAUCGGCAUUGUCGGCAAAUACACAAAAACAGCCGAUGCAUAUUUUUCGAUCAUUAAAGCAUUGGAACAUGCAUCGGCAAAACUCGGUAUUUGUGUCGUACCUGUAUUAGUUGAGUCAUCGGAUCUUGAAAUUGAUCCUUUAGAACCUGAAUUUUCCGAUUUGUCUGACACAUUAAAUUUAAAUAAUAUUGUGUUAGAUAGUCAAUCAAAAAAAACAAUAGCAUGGGAUAAACUAAUUGAAUGCGACGGUGUUUUGGUUCCCGGUGGAUUUGGCAACAGAGGUGUAAAUGGCAAAUUGGCGGCAAUAAAAUAUGCGAGAGUAAAUAAAAUACCAUUUUUUGGAAUUUGCUAUGGAAUGCAACUUGCAGUGAUUGAAUAUGCAAGAAAUGUUUUAAAUCUCAAUGAUUCUAACUCGACGGAACUCGACCCAGAAUGUGAACAUAAGAUUGUUAUAAAUAUGCCCGAGAUUCGUAAUGAUAUAAUGGGAGGAACUCAAAGGCUAGGCGUCCGUGAAACAGUGUUAUUUGACUCUAAUGUUAAAACAUUUUAUAAUGGAGCCAACACAAUUUUUGAAAGACAUAGACAUAGAUACGAAGUUAAUCCCCAAUAUGUUAAACGUAUCGAAGAAACUGGGAUGAAAUUUGUUGGAAAAGAUACUAAAAUGGAAAGGAUGGAAAUAAUAGAGCUCAAAGACCACCCGUUUUUUGUCGGAACACAGUUUCAUCCAGAAUAUAUAUCAAGACCUCUUCAUCCAGCAUGUCUAUUUGAGGCAUUUGUUCACGCAGUUGCAAAAACAAAAAACUAUUUUUAA